UCUGUGUUCGUUCGUUUACACGAUAACACAAUAUUAUCUUGGAACAAUAUUUUGUAUUUGAUAAAAUAUCGCCUAACACGAAAAAUUUUAAUUAUCAUACCUUAUAUAUGUUGUUGCUGAUUUUAAUAAUUUAUGAUUCUCAAUUCUCAAUCGAAGGAUUACUGGAUUAGUUGCAGCGUGCAAAGCUUGGAGCAUAAUAUUUAAUAAUUGGCUUAGAAUUAUUUAGAAACAAAUAAAUGAAUCAAACAUGCUCUUGAAACUGGACAAUAUUAAAAACAAACAACUGAGAAGAAUACUAGAACAUGCUACUUACCUGUUAAUCAUUUUCAUAUUGAUACCACUGUUUAUCUAUUUCGAAUUAUGUGUGGUCUUACCAGCUGUAGUUCAUAAAGAAUGGUGUAUACAAUAUUGCUUACAUUACUUAUGUGCCACAUUCUUGUUAUUGAACAUUAUCGGCAAUAUGAUAUUUGGUAUGUUUACAGAUACAAGCAUUAAAGGGAGAAUUAUAAAUGUAGACAUUAAGGAAAAUUGGACAUUAUGCUCUGUGUGUGAGUGCUUAAGACCUCCUCGAUCAUGGCAUUGUGAUACAUGUGAUGUAUGUGUGUUGAAGAGGGACCAUCAUUGUACUUUUUUAGCUUGCUGUGUUGGUUAUUAUAAUCACAGAUAUUUUAUGUGUUUUACAUUUUAUAUUUUUAUGGCUAUGUUAUAUUCUUUCUUUUAUAAUACCUUGUUCCUGAGUCAGUUUUUAAAAUGGAACAAGGGACUUGUUAUAGGGAAAUUUGUGUUUCCCCUUGUAAGCUUUGUUCUAGACUUUGGUGAGGAAAGUCUAUACAUAUUUCUAGUUGAAAUUAAUUUCAUUGUUGGACUUUUUACGGGAUUUCUGUUUAUUUAUCACUUUAAUAACAUUAUAAAUGGGAAAAUAACUCCUGAAAGAAAGGAAGCAAAAGGUGUAUCAUAUAAUAGAGGUUGGAAAGGUAACAUAACUGAAGUAUUUGGAUCAAAAUGGUAUCUAACUUGGAUAUUUCCAUUUAUUAACAGUCCACUGCCUGGAAAUGGAGUGGAAUGGAUGACAGAAGAUAAAUCCAAAUAAUUUUAAAACUCUUUUUUAUAAUUAUGGCUAUGGUUGUGCAGUUUAAAGUUGUAUAGUGAAGAUAUGUAUGCAUAAUUAUUUUGAUAAAUAUUAACUUACUUGAAAAUACAUCAAUGUGAUUUAGGUUAUUUUCACAAAACCAAUUCCUUAUUGUGGAAUUAACAAAGAAAUUAUCAUUAAAUGGACCAAGAGCUAACUUGGAGACUGAUAUACAGAUGGUCUUAAUUUAUUAAAACCAAUUUAUUGUACAAAUUAAAUAGAAUAUAGAGAGUAUGAGCAGACAAGGAGCUGAAUGAAACAUUAAAGUUUUAAUGAAAAUUAA